GUGCGGACAGAGGCAGCAGCGCUGUGCAGUGCGGAGGUGAGCGGCAGGGCUUCUGCUGUGCUGCUGAGUCCCGCCUCGGCUGCAGGGAGUUCCUUGCUGUGACCUGGCCAAGUACGGAAAUGCCCUGUCAAGGAAUUCACGUCUCGCCCAGAGCCUGGCCUCAGUGUCUUCACUCCACCUUCCUUGCUGUUUCUGUGAGUCAGCGUAUCCAGCUCCACAGUGUUGCCAACUCCUAAUGUUGCCUAAGGAACUUCUGCAGAAUGGAUUCCUUGCAUACCUGCAUUACCCUGAGCAGAUAUGGCUUACCUGCAGUGUGUGGAGCCACAGCCCACCAGUCUGUGUAGCUGUUCACUGACGUACUUGCAGAAUAGGAGGAAAUCAACUUCUUGUGGACAACAGGUGUGUCCAGUACCCACAGUGCUCACUGGGAGAUUCUGCCUGUGAAGGAGGCAAGCAACAAGUCAUGGAGGAAGUUGCCAGACAAAGUGGGGGGUCCUCUCAAGCGAUCAGAGCCCCCCCUGCUGCUCCUGCAAAGAUAAUCUCCAUGCACACCUCCCAUGUCCCGUGUUGUCACACAGCCAGUAAAGCUCUCUAUGGCUCUGUGCUGCCAGGAUGUCCAUUAACACACAAGCUGCAGAAGUACUGUUACUGGGGUCUCCUGGUAUUUGCUUUCUACAGCCUUCCUGUUUGUGCAUGGAACCCAGACUCCAUUUGUACUUCCUUGAUAUCCUCAGCAAGAUGGAACUUCACUCACUCAUCCCCAGAGGCUUCCAGUUUUAUAAGGGGGGCUCGUGUGCUGGCAAGGAGGAAAGCUGAUGGCUAUUACUACCUGGGCCACAUUGCACGACAAGUGAAGGGCUCCAGGGGAUGUUUUUUAAUUGAAUUUGACAAAAGUUGCACACUGAAAGGCAAGGUGCAGCUUCGUAUGCAGGAAACACCUCUCUAUGACAUUCUGCACUACGAAGGUGCCUCGCAGCGGUGCCUCGCUCCAGGAGACAGAGUCUUGGCCCCAUGGGAGGCUCACACUGAACGCUUUGGCCCAGGCACUGUGCUCAAGGUUAUGGAGAACAAGGAGACACCUUUAGCACACAAUAGAAAAGGAGUGCUUGUAAAUUUCUGGAAUGGGCAAACUAAGGAGGUAUCUUCUGACCAAGCUCUAUGGAUCCCUCUGCCCUUAAGCGAGCGCAUCAUCCUAGAACUGCAGAUGCCAUUAGCAGCCAGGCAGAUGGUGGUGGAGUCAAGCUUGGACUACCCGUACAUUGUGGCACCAGGUUACAGAGCUUCAGGCUGUUACAGACGGGGCCACUCAGGGCUGGACUGCUGGCCAGGGCGGCUGUGUUCAGUUCAGCCAUGCACUAAGUGCAGCUGUAGGUGUGCCUUAGUUCCCCACUGCUGCCUUGCAGCCUGCAAAAGCCCACAGCCUACAGAGCACAAAGUGCAGCAAGAAAAUUUCAUCAUCCCAGGAGCACCCUUGAGUAAAGAAGAACUCAGCAAGAAAAUAGAAGAGCAACUGUCUGAAGUGAGGAUUUCCCCUUCAGGAGGUGUUUCCAAAGAGGAAGAGGAAAAUGAAGAGAAGAGCUUGAUGACAGAAAAUCUUCCAAAAGAUGCUCAGUCUUGCUUGGAAGAGGACAGUGAGGUUUUAGGCCCUAAGAAGAGUCCUCAGAGGGAGAUGGCUCGUGCUACAAUGGUUGAUACUGCUGUCAACACAGACAGUUGCUUGAUGGAGUCAGUCCACAAGGAAGAAGCAGGCAGCAGACAGCAGGAUGCUGGAACCAAGGCUCAUUUUAAACAUAAACAUGGUCUUUUUGAGUUCAGAGUGGCAGAUGCUCCAGUUCAACCUUCCCAAAGGAGCACUUCUCCCAAAGGAGCCAGUGCCUUGAGUCCUUUCCAGCGACAGAGCUUCUUUGACCAAGUGCAUCAGUCACUAAAGAAAGACAGCCUGGCCAUUGAAUCAGCCCUGCAUGUACAGAGACCACGCAGUACCUCCAGUUCACAAGCUGGGAGAUUCACAAAUCUAAGUCUUCUAAAAGACAGAAGCAUUUCAAAAUCUGUAUGUAACAGUGCAUCUCAGGAGAGAUGGGAAGAGAUGGACCUCAACAAGGCCAAGAUUGAGCACAAAAGGCACCAAGAGGAAGAGAGGCAGUUGAAGAGGCAGCAGCAGCAAGAGGCAGAUGCUGUCCAAUGUCAGCUGCGCAGGAACAACCAGAGGCAGCGAUUGUAUCAGAGAACUUUGCAAGGGUUGGAGAAACAGCUGGAGCACAAAAACAGAGCUUUGCAGCACAUGGCGCUGCUGCAAGCUGCUCAGUCAGAGAGGAGCAAGAAGGAAUCCUUCUUGGCAGAGGAGGAUAACAGAAAGUUAAGUCAGAGGCUGCAGUUCCUACAUGCACAGCGACUGCAGAGAGAGAAUUUUCUUGCAGAACUCAAUGAGCGGAGCUUUAAACAAGAAAAAGAAAGGCUGGAUUUUUUGAGGAACAGAAUGCAGUCACGGCAGGCAGUGCUGACACAAGACUUAGAGGAGCAGGACAGGCAACAAAAGCAUCACCAGGCUGCCAAAAGGAAAGUGUUCCAGAACAGAGAUCGUUUACAUGAGAAGAUGCAAAAAGAAGAACAAAGACACUGUGACCUCCAGCAAUACCUCAGAGAACAGAAUCUUUUGAUGUUCCGAGCAUCACUACUAGAGUAAGGAAACUGCAGUGGGUAAGCAGGCACUUGAUCAGUUCACAAAUGUGUGUGUGUGUGUGUGUGUGUGUGUGUCAGUGUGCUGCACUUUGGGUGCAAGAAUGCAGUUGUGACAAAUACAACUCUUGGAGAAAUCAUGUAUCUCCCUUCCAUUGCAGCCAGCAUGUGUUUUUGCUGCUCUGUCCCUUACCAGUCUUUCUUCCUGGAGUAACUGCUCUGGUCCAGCUGCCUGUGGCAUAGGCUCUCAUCUUGGUCAGACUGUUGUUCAGUUUUGGGCAUAGGCAACAACUCCACUGAAGUCUCAUCUCUGCAACCAAAAGCCAUGGUGGUAUUUAAUAGCUAGAGUACUGCCAUCCUGCCCUAAAGGCAUCUGAAAAGGGCCAGCUUUGUAGGAGCCCACAGAGUCAGCAUCUGUACUGUUUAGUUUUGUAGUUUAGGACUGAUGACAGUGCCAUGGGACAAUACAGAGUAGAGCUACGAAAGAGCUGGAAGUUGGCAGAGGGAUGUCGGGUUGUAACUGCUUUCAAAAUGCAAAUGACAGAGAAAGGAAUUUCUCUAGGGAGAGCACAGGUCACACACUUUACUAAGUGAAAAACACAAAGGUCAGAAGGAGCUCCCUGGGAAUGAGUCUCUCAAGUGGUAGAAGGCACAGAUACAGAUUAUGUCCUGCUAUAGCAGCUUGCAGGGGAAUUAAAUACAAGCGUGGAGAGGCUUCCACUGCUGAUUUCUGGACACUUUUUGCCCUUCUGUGUUUCUUCCAGAACAGGACCAGGAGAGCACGUUUUUUAAAGGUCAAGGACAACAUCAAAUAGUAAGUAAAGCCACGUGAUGCUGUCAUGUGACUUACCUUGCAAUCUUAGUGUUACAUGACGUACAGGGAAGGAGAACUCAGAGACCGGUUGGUUGGGGAAAAAAAAAAACGUGCAGCAACAUAAAUGUACAUGCUGAAAUACAGCAUCAAUUGUCCAUUGCUAUUGCCAUUAUUGCAGCUGACACUUGCAAGUGUCCCACUGCAUCUGAUUUGCAGAGAUCCAUAGGAAAGAGGUCCAUACAUAUGAUGAAGUUGGGGUACGUCCAGCAACUGCUUUAGGUCCAGAACUGCUGUAGGAGGCAGGGCAGGAAUCCAGUAAUGUGAGAUCUGCUCCCAAAAACCUGGUAAGGCAGCUUGGAACCAUCCAGCUUGGGCUGCAAGUGAGUGUAGAUCCUUCCACUGUCAGUAUUCUUCAGAAAAUGUAGGUCACUUCCCUAGAGAAAGAAUGACUUAGAGUGUGUGCGUGUGUCGGAGAGAAGACACAGUUUCUAGGCAUUAUAGUGACAAAAAUGUUAAUUUUCUGAAAUACCUGUCUUUGGAGAAUCACCAAACCCAGUGGUGGGCAAGGGAUUCUAUUUUGCUAUUAUCUCAUUUUUUGGUCUGCUUGUCUCCAAAAGCUGGAUAUCUUAUGUCAGAAAGAUAGGCAUAUCUGUGCAGGUAAGGCACACGAUCAGAAUAAAUAGGCUACACCACAAAUAAGUGAGAAGGAUGCUACAAAAUGGUAAAUUGAAAAAUGAGUGAACAAAUUGUGUAAGAAACCAGGAUAGCCAGCAGCAUUACACAAGUUUCCCCAUUCCCACUGCAGGGUAAAACAGAGUUACCACCCGGAGCCCAAGAUGUAACUUGCUCCUGUUGGCCCCUGUUCAAGUGCAUUGCUCACUUCUGUGAUAGCAGAAGUGUGAUAGUGAGGCAUGUGGUGUCAGAUGCUCCCAUGGAUAAGCUGCCAUCUUUUUCCCUCUCCAGGACAGAAAAAAUAAGGCAUACCGAGAGAUGCUGUUACACAACAUUAAGGAGAGAUGAGUUUAAUGAUUGUGCUCUGAUCAGUAGCAGUGCCUUCAUUCACAAAAGGGAUGAGGAAGUUACAGUUGUCACCAUAUAAAAUGCAGGUGUCAAAUACAGGUGUCACAAUGCCAUUAUCAUUAGCUUUGGGCAGUGAAAUGAUUUAAUUCAAAUGGGUAUUUAGGAAACGAGAAUGAGUGCCCCAGCAAACUGUACCACGUCCAGAACUACAAUGAAGGGACUUCUUAUUUUUCAUAAAGGUGUGCUAAGAUAUAAAGUAAUGGGAAUAAAAUACAUGAGAUACCUUGUUUUAUGUAGCACCCAGAGCCAAAGUGGAUACGAAACUGAGGUGCUGCAGCUUGGAAACACGUAACGCACUUUCUGGAAUAUCACUCAGCCAAGAGCACAGGUAUUAGAAAAAUUCAUCCCUGUUACAGGAAUACAUUUUCAGUUAUAGUAGUUUCUAAAAAUAAAAAGGUUAAGAAGUCCCCUUUGCGAGUUCUUUUCUGAAAUUCUGCUUAAUCUGUUGCACGGCCAACAAUUUCUUAGCAUUAAGUUUUGGACUGUGUUCUAGCAGAGCUAACUGAGGGCCAUGUGCUUUGCUUUCCCCCACAGAAUGAAGGCUAAGGCAUCCAGGUGGUUACAAACUAUUCUGAGGUCUUCAUAGCUAAAAGGAGUAUUUGUUACUUCAGGAUCCAUAAUAAGCAUGAGGGUUAUGUGUUUAAAAAAUGCAGCAGGAAACAAAGAUAAACCUAAAUAUAAGGUAAAGGUUUGACUUUUUUUUUUUUUUUUUAAUUAAGUUGUUAAACCAUUUGGUUUAAGCUCUAUUUCACCUCAGGAUAAAGUUGGCUGAUAUUUGCUGUUGGUGCAGAUGUGGGUGGUUGUGCCUAUGAGCUGCAUAACAGAUGGGGAUUGAGCCCAGGCUGCUGUGCGUGGCACCCGCUGGGUACAGACACACAGUAGGGCACACACACUACUGGUGCUGGCAGCACACGGAGAUUAUCUUCAGUGCAAAGUUCAGAGGUUGCUUGCUCUGCUUUUUUUUUAAUAUAGACAGAGUUAUUUACUCAAAAUCAUGCACUAUUUAGGACAAUAACCUACUUAGUUUUGAGUCUGAGCCUGCUUAGACUCAAGCAGAAAGUUUGAAAGCUACCAUUAAACUCUGCUGCUGCUUUUUAUCCUCAAACAUUUGGAAAUGGAGUAUUUCAUGAUGGAAGCGCAUGAAAUACACUGAGCAGAACUCUAAAUUAAUUUUUCAGACUUCAUUUAUGUAUCAUUAAUCAUCGUUUUAUAAUCACCAUUAAACAGAUCAUCUGCAUAUGUGCUUUCUCUUCAUUGCUUAACCAGCUGAGAACAGGCAACUGCACAGAGCCGUGUGUGGCUGCAAUUGCACAUGAAGCCUAUCUGGAAAUGCAUUUAGCAUGACAAUAUUUCCAAUCAUUCAUAGGCUACGUAUCUUACCAUAAAAAUAAGGCCAUAAAAUAACAUUAGGAGUUUUAUUAAAAUAACGGACUGUAAAAGCUAUAUGAUGUAGCUCAUUUGUUGGCUUAAAUUUGAUUUAAACAUUCACAGUGUUUUCCAUCCUUU